AUGUCAAGCUUGUUCAAGUUGCAAUGCUAAUGGAUGAACUAGACAAACUUGCUCAAAAAUGGUGUGAUAUACCUAGUAAAUCAAUUUAUAAUUACAGUUCCCCACAAAAGAUAUCAACCAUAAUUUGUGGGGAUUUCAAUUCUACUCCUGAUUCUGGAGUGUAUGAAUUUCUUUCGCGUGGUACCAUAAAACAAGAUCAUUGUGAUUUUGGUGAUCAUAUUUAUGGCUCAUAUGUAUCGGAGGGUUUGUCACAUAGGCUUUCACUAAAAUCUGCAUAUUCCAAUAUCGAGGAGUUGCCAUUUACCAAUUUCACCCCUAGGUUUACUGGGGUCAUUGAUUACAUUUGGUAUUCUACUAAUACAUUAUGUGUUACUGGUCUUUUGGGCGGUGUGGACAAAGAAUACAUGUCAAAAAUGGUUGGAUUUCCGAAUGCACAUUUCCCUUCUGAUCAUAUCGUAAUCCUGUCCGAAUUUCGUGUAAAACCUCCACAACCAAUACAACCACCGCCUCAAUUUGGUGUCUUAUCAAAUGGCGGCAAUAGCAACA